GCUUCACUCAACGCGCGUCCCGCGGAAAGAGAAUCGAGAGCUUCCUUCGUGGGAGCGGCACUCCAGCCUGGAAAGGUGGGAUUUGCUUCUUCCAUGCUCACGUUCCGCGGGGAUGCAAGUUGCACGCCCACUUGUUGCAGUGUGUCUGUGUGUGCGCGCGCGCGUUCCUGUUGCAUGUACAGUACAGACCUGGAUGCGAGAAACGUGCGCUGGCUCUCUGCCAAGCAAGAGCACGCGUCCACUGGGAUGCGCGUCGGGGCGUGCAGACCUGUUGCAGGCAAGCGCGUCCCGGCGCCCGUUGCGCGCAGGGCGCACUUGGCCGCCGGCUGCCGCCCUCGCCAAAGGGCGGGCGCGGAGGGUCGCGCACGCGUCGGUCUUGUGUGCAGGGUGUGGCUUCCGCCUCUCCUGCCUCGCCUCUCUUGCGCGGGAGCCAUACCCCAGGACGGGCUUCCUUGGGUGCCGGAGCCGCCGUUGCCAUGCCCGUGCGCUCUCCUUCCAAAGGGCGCCAGCCGAGGGCGUCCCGUGGGCUCAGCCCCGCCGCCGCCUGCGCUCCGGAGUCUCCGUCCCGGUUAGCGGCGCUGCUGCUCACUCCCGGGCUGUUUCGCCACCUGCUUUGCCCGCCCAAGAGGAGAAGCGGAGCGGCUGUUGCAAGUAAGUGAGCGGAUCCCCUCCCUCUCCUCGCUUUCCUCCGACAGGCGAUCUUCUGGGCGCGCAGCUCCUCGCCGAACUUCCCGGGCAAGUUUCUCGGAGGGAACUUUCUUCAGUUCCGGGAAGCAAACCAGCGGAUCGGAUUGGGGAAUCCGGUAACCGGAUCCGCCGCCGCUACGAGCUCUUGGGUCAUUCCGGGCUCCAAGCGCUUAAUGCAGGUUUAGAGACCCCUUGACGGCGAUUACUCUUUUUUCAAGCCCACCAGCGCGGAGAUUUAAGGGAAAGUGCCGGCGUGUUGUUGUCCGUCCCGUCCCCCCUUUGCGCGCCCCACCCUUUCCGUGUUGGAAUACGGAGCGAGGGGUUAAUCCAGAUUUAAUGCGCGUGGUCUGCUUUGACUUUCGGCCCCAGGGACACUUGGAAGAACUACCGGAGCUGGUAGUAGGAUGGUGUGGGAAUAAUGGUGAAAUGUUUUGAUCGCCCUAAAAUUAUCCACACAUUCCUCUUACAUCAGUCACCGUGUCUGGGAACGGUGUUCUCUUUUGGUGAAGACCCGCUUGCUCCGGCUUCUUUUCCACCUCCGUUAUCCCAUCGGUAUGUGGUCUGAUUUUAGGCAUGAUUACUGAGAACCAAAAGCCUCCCUCUCCCCAAUAAUUCGGUGGGAUUCACUUCCAAAGCAUGCAUGGUGCUGUAGCUUUAAUUUUGGAUCGCUCCCUUCAUUUCCCUCUUUUCCAUCUUCCACAGCCCCAAGGCAAGCCUCUCCAAACUGCAGUUGUGGAGCCCCACCACUACAGCAGGUUGAAUCCAAUCUAUCACUUGGUGCAGGCUGUUGGGUAUGACUUGGGUGCUUUGGAAACAUUGACUGCAUCUGGUACCAUAACUGCAUUGGAUUCCAUGUGCAAAACCCCAAAGCUCUUUUAUUUUCACAUCCCCAAACAAGACUUCUUUGCUUUGCUUGGGGGGACAGAAGUGCUUUGGAACAACUGAACUUCUGGAGUUGUGCACCUUUGAAAGCCCAGGUCUAUUUCCCCUCAAUUGUUUUCCUUGCAAUCAACUGAGUGACAGCUAUUUGUGUCAUUCUUUGUGAUAAACGUGGCGUAUUGUUGAUAUGGCAUAUUAUUGACAUCAGUUCUCCUGCCUCCGGUAUCACACUCUUGUUUUGUGUCGGAUGCUUUUUCUCAGUUUGAGCAGUGUGCAGCAUUGAAGUUGGGAAGGUGAAUGAAUUUCAUACUGAUACUUCAUUCUAAGCUAGAUUUUCUGUUAAAACCAGCUUUAUUAGUUGUCUUCAGCACUGAUUCAUCUCGUUUGUCUGCUCUUUGUGGUGUUUUCUGUUGCUGAAAAUCAUCAUGUGUUUUAGCAUUUCACUGCUCUAGUGCUUGAGGUACAUGUUAAUAGCUGUUUUGCGGCUUGGUAACAAUUUCUGCAGGAGGAUGUAGCCUAUCUGAAAUAAAUUUGCAGGGGAAAUGGUCACACUCCCAUCCUAUCAACAUCCAGCAACAAUAGCUCUGUAGUUGGAAUUAAUAGCAGAGUGGAUUCUCUGUAUUUGCAGAACAACCUUAUGGGAAGAAGUAAUGUUUUUCUGCAAAAUGUAUUUCUCCUCCUUAAUAGAGUCCGUAAUAGACUUUCUGCAAAGCCCAAAUUUCGACCACUAUUGAAUACAUGUGUUGAUUUCCCCCUGGUCUUUAGGUACUGAAUUGUCCUGCUCCAGUUAAUAGCUGCAGUGAGAUAGUUAAGCAUAAUAUUUAUUUUCAGAUAUUGUAAAAACUUGGAUAUGCUGAUGGACUCAUUUUGUUAUGCCUUUCAGGUCUGCCUUGUAGUGAGCAGCAAAAGUUUAAGGUGACCUUGUCAGUGUGCAUGUCUUAAAUCUGCCAAAUCAGAAUUUGUGAGGUUGCCUUGAGAUGGGAAAUGAGCUCUUUGUGGUGAGGUUUAAGGUAUGUUUCAGCUAUUGAAGAACAAUCUCUUGAACCCUAAACUUCCUUUGAGCUUUACUGAGCGUAGCGGUGGUAUACAGUGGUACCUCGGGUUAAGAACUUAAUUUGUUCUGGAGGUCCGUUCUUAGCCUGAGACUGUUCUUAACCUGAAGCACCACUUUAGCUAAUGGGGCCUCCCGCUGCUGCCGUGCCGCCAGAGCACAAUUUCUGUUCUCAUCCUGAGGUAAAGUUCUUAACCCGAGGUACUAUUUCUGGGUUAGCGGAGUCUGUAACCUGAAGCAUAUGUAGCCCGAGGUACCACUGUAUUAGAAGAGUCCCUUUGGAUCACACCCAGCCCAGCAUCAACAUAAUACAAACAUAGAAAGCUGCCUUCUAUUGGGACAGAUAAGUGGUCCUUCUACCUCAGUGCUAUCUACACUGACUGGCAGCAGCCCACCCAAGAUUUUAGGCAAUUGUCUUUUCCAGCCCUAGCUGGAGAUUCUAGGGAUUGAACCUUUGACUUUCUGCAUGAAAAGUAGUUACUCUAUUACUCAGCUACAGCCAUGCUUCUGUUGCUUUCCAGCAGCUGUUAUUCAGAAGUAGGGAUGGAAGGUCUGGCAAGUUUGAGAUUUUUCCAAUCCUAAAUAUGUGAUUUACUCGUUUUUUAAAAAUCAUUACAAAAUUCUUCAGCAAUUUAGGGUGAAAUUCUCCUAAUGAACACAUCUUUGUAUGCAGUUUUGACUAAUUUUCACAUUUCUGCAAAUAAUUUCUCGUAAUAUUAUGCAUUUUUGUUCGCUGUUUCCAUGGCUAAGCACAUUUUCACCUAAUAUUUGCGCUUACUUGGUUGCAGAACUGCAUCUCAAAAUUCAGAUAAGUGUGAAUUUUGAAAGAGGCCUGUGUUUUGGUCCUUGUUUCAAAAAGUGUGAAUUUGGUAAAUUCAGCCUUUAAUGCGAGCCGAAUCAAAUCCCUCCUCCAUCCCUACUCAGAAGCAUGCUUUCUCUGAAACCUGGAGGUUACAUACAGGUAUCAUCAAUUGAUUUUUCUUCCCGAAGGAAAAGUCUUUCAAUGAGACCUUCAGAGUGCUUAAACAGCAGAUAGCUUUAGUUUCUUGUAGCAAUGCCUUUUUUUGGCAAAGCCCAUUCAUUAUAUUGAUGCUUAACACUGCACCAGGAGAUGCUUUGCUAGGGUGGUGGGUGGAAAUAAUAAAACGGUAGCUAAGACCGUUCCAGACGUCAGACGUCUGUUCAGACUUUUAUGACUUGCUGCAGAACCUGUUUUCAUCCAUGGAGUGAAUCGAAAAUUGCUUGCACCAUGGAAUAGUAACAAUCCCUUUUUUGCAAGUUCGGUGAUUACAUCAGAGAUGCACUGCAGAAAUCCAAAUGCUGCAGAGGGAAUUUGGAGGGGUGUGUGCAGAUGAUCAAGAGUGGAAUGUUAACACUGAAGUUGCUGCUUCUGUUUCUUGCUGUGGAAAGGGCAAACGUCUCUGGUCUAUUUAGCCUAGCAUUGUCUUGGAUUCUUGAAGAUAAGAGGACUGAUCACACAGCUUUCUAAAUUUGAUAGCGGGGGGGAGGGAUCCUUCAUCCUGCUGAGUCUGAUUAGUUGCUUAGGAGAUGUGCCUAUGCAUGUUUACAGAGAAAUCUGUGUUCAGUGCUGCUUAUUCCCAAGUAGGCGCACAUAGAAUUGUAUAUGCGUCUCCCAAUUCAGCCGCUCUUAAUAUGGUCUCUCUAUGCAUCCCGUUUGUUCCCAUGUGAACACGCACAGAAGCAGCACUGCAACACUGUGGACUAUGGAAGCUAUUCAGUAAACUUUUUCUCAAUUAAACAAAUAAUAAUUUUUAUUAUUUAUACCCCACCCAUCUGGCUGAGUUGACCCAGCAAUUCUGGGCGGCUUCCAGCAUAUAUAAAAGCAUAAUAAAACACCAAACACUUAAAAACUUCCCAAUACAGGGCUGCCUGUUCAGAUGUCUUCUAACAGCUGUUUAUUUAUCUCCUUGACAUCUGAUGGGAGGGUGUUCCACAGGGUGGGUGCCACCACCAAGAAGGCCCUCUGCCUGAUUCCCCGUAACUUCACUUUUUGCAGUGCUUGGUUCUGUAUUCGCUCAGAGAUUGAAUUGACAGCAGCACAGCCCUUCAUGCAAAGGACCAGGGUGUUAAAGGCUCCACAUCCAGAGAUCAGUAAGAGAGAACAGAACCCUUUGUAGAAAGAAGCUGUCAAACCGCUGGUAGGUGCUAUAGCAGGUGAAACCAUCUAAACAUCUUGAAAACACAGGAGGCCCACACAAACCCGCAAUAUACCUUGCCCUGUGGUAGCCAACAAGAUGAUGUUGGACUCCAACUCCCAUCAUCCCCAGCAAGUAUGGGUAAUUGGUAUGAUGGGAGUUGUAGUCCACAACACAUCAGCUACCCACUGUAAGCGACUCUCCCAGCACACAGGUUGUGUGGUCCAGUCCUGCCAUCUUUCUUGGCUGCCGCCCAGUGGCUGCCUCUGGUAACGGCAGGUUCCACUUUCUUACCACCAUUGGCCCCAGGUGGCUGUGCUUUCAUCCCUUCCUGCAUCCAUUGCCAUUUUAUCGGUACCUCCUAUUUUCCCGCAUCAAACCAUUAAUAUGCCCUGAUCGCAAAUAGCCUCUUUGUAGGCUUCACGCUUCUUUCCGUGCACACACCACUUUGUUGUCUCUCUCUCAUCCCUUCCAUUGGCUGUACAGUGGUACCUCGGGUUACAGACGCUUCAGGUUACAGAUGCUUCAGGUUACAGACUCCGCUAACCCAGAAAUAGUACCUCGGGUUAAGAACUUUGCUUCAGGAUGAGAACACAAAUCGUGCUCCGGCGGCGCAGCGGGAGGCCCCAUUAGCUAAAGUGGUGCUUCAGGUUAAGAACAGUUUCAGGUUAAGAUCGGACCUCCAGAACGAAUUAAGUUCUUAACCCAAGGUACCACUGUAUAAACAAUACGCAGUGCAUGGGGAAUGUCACACAAACCGAGACCCUGAAAUGUCUGUUUAUUUUUCCGUUGCAGAAAUUUUGUAGCGGGAGCAGCAAAGGGAUGUGAAGCCACCUGGUGACCAAGAUGACUCUCUUACCAGGAGAAAAUUCGGACUAUGACUACAGCGCCCUGAGCUGUGCUUCGGAUGCCUCCUUCAACCACCCUUUCUUUGCUGAGACAGAAACGCUCAAGGGAGUCUUUUACCAAAGGGCCAAACUCAUCCACCCCUCGGAAGAACUAUAUGGAAGCAUUCGCCCAGAAGACCGGAAGCAUCACAUCAUCAUCAAUGUGGGUGGCUUCAAGUACUUGCUCCCAUGGACCACUCUGGAUGAGUUCCCCAUGACCCGCUUGGGGCAGCUGAAGUUCUGCAACAACUUUGACGACAUCCUCAACAUCUGCGACGAUUACGACGUGACCUGCAACGAGUUCUUUUUCGACCGUAACCCCGGGGCGUUUAGGACCAUCUUGACUUUCCUCCGGGCAGGGAAGCUCCGGCUCCUGAGAGAGAUGUGCACGCUUUCGUUUCAGGAGGAGCUGCUGUACUGGGGCAUCGAGGAAGACAACCUGGAGUGGUGCUGCAAAAGACGGUACCUGCAGAAAAUGGAGGAGAUUGCGGAAAUGAACGAAGCGGAGGAUGAGUUCGCGGACGGCGAAAACCAGUGCGAAGCUGUGGCGGAGACGAAAGCUGGGCGUUGCAUGAAAAGGUUGCAAGACAUGGUGGAGAGGCCUCAGUCUGGGAUUCCGGGGAAAGUCUUUGCCUGUUUAUCGGUGCUGUUUGUGACUAUCACUGCCGUCAACCUUUCCAUCAGCACCAUGCCUGGCUUAAGAGAGGAAGAGGAGAGAGUAAGUUGAUUUUAAGAUGCGUAGUUGAUCUUAGGAUGCGUAGGGAGCUGUCUUCAGGCAUGUGGGGGGAAGCCAUCUAAAUGGAAAGAAAGUUGAUGUGACGGUUUUGCAGGCCAUCAGUGCAUCGCAGAAACCAAGUAUAUGUGGACAUGCAAAGCUGGUUUUUUAAAAAAUGGGUGGAAUAACAAACUUGGAGAUUCAUAUGCAAAGAUGCUCCAUGAUCACGGCCAAACAACCAGGGCCCGUUCCUACUUCCAUUAGGGUAGGGGUGGGCAGCCUCUACUUCUGCCUCACUUCCUGCCUUGACGAAAACCAGAGGGAACAUUGCACUAUUGCCACAAGAGCCAGUAGGAAGGGAGACAGGUACAUGCUUGACUGAACCACAGUGCAUACACCUAGGGUGGGGACCCUCUAGGGCAGGCAUAGGCAAACUUGGCCCUCCAGCUGUUUUGGGACUACAACUCCCAUCAUCCCUAGCUAACAGGACCAGUGGUCAGGGAUGAUGGGAAUUGUAGUCUCAAAACAUCUGGAUGGCCAGGUUUGCCUAUGCCUGCUCUAGGGGAGCGACCCUCUAGGGCUAGAUGUGGAUGGCAGGGGGUGGGGGAGAAAUGUGCAUUAGGGUAUCUUUAAGAUCUGCCCUUUGGUUCUUGUUUUAGCACUGAAUUGAAAGGGGCCACGACUGAUUCUGCUCUAAGACCCUGUUGCCUGGAGUCCUGUGUCCUGUUCUGGGUACCGUACUUUGGGGAAGGCUAGACAAAAUGGUUCAAACGAGGGCAGGAAUGAUGGUCAGGGAUAUGGAAAACAAGUCCCGUGAAGAAAGUUGAAGGAAUUGAGUAAGUUUAGACUGGAGAAGAGAAGACUGAGGGGGGGGGGUGAUGGUACUGCCUGUAGGGCUGUGACAUUAGGGAUCCUCACAUACUGCAUUCAGCAAGCGUACAUACAGCCUGUGCAUGCAAAUAUCUGUGCUAUGCAAAUCAACAAGUGUACUCUCACACAAACACUUGUGCAUAUGGCAAGAGCUUGUACCCGUGUUCAGUGUAGCACAUGAAUAAACAUAUCGAAGAGGAGAAAGACUUUACUGCCUCGGUGGUGAGUUCUUCUAUACUGGAGGUCUUCAAGUGUCUGUUGCAGGACAUUCUCUGCUUCCCACUGGCUUUAGGGAGGGAAGAGUUAACCCUCCCUGCAGAGAAAGAGAAGGGGCAGCAGAGAGAAAGGGGCUGCUCCACCUGCUUCUGCUUCCAACCCCCAUCUGUCUUAGUAUGUGGCCCUAAACAUUAAAAAAAGAGGAUUUCCUAUCUUUGAUCAUAGAAUCAUAGAACUAUAGAAUUAGAAGGGACCACAGGAGUCAUUUGGUCCAAACAGGAAUCUUUUGCCCAAUGUGGGGAUCAAACCCACAACCCUGAGAUUAAGAGUCUCGUGCUCUGCCACAUGAGCUAUGCCAGCUGUACAACUUCAAAGUGUGGUUAACACAGCAACAUGAACAGGCACCUGGGGAUCAGGGGGCCAGUCACAUCUGGCUAUGCAGACAGCUAGUCAUCAGCAAUAUAAGCACAAGGCUACUGUCACCACCCCAGAAUCACUCAAGCAUCGAAGAAAGUGAGGGCAUGAUCACACUGGGCUUAGCAAAUGUCCAGAGCCCAGAUUUAUUAAAAGGGUGUAGCUGGCCAUGUCUAAGUUUAGCAUGGUUUAUAUAAAAAGGCAGUUUAUAAUAUAAAUCUAUAAACUUUUUUUUUUUUUAAAUGUAAACUCUGAGGAAACUUGGAUAACCUGUCCUGGCAAAUCAUGUGGAAAAUUUGACAAGAGCUGGUAGCUGCUGCCCCACAUAGCUGCAUGUUCUAAAGCGAAAUUUUAAGCCUAGUGAACAGCGCAGGGACAUCUGAUGCUAAACAGGCGCCAUGGGGUUGAUUAUGUCCUUGGAAGGGAAAACCAGGUAAGAGUAGAAUGUAGGUGAUUUUGAAGCACCUUAAAACAGCCAGAACACUGCAUUUCAACCCAUUUUUAGUAUAAGUUGCAGAUCAGCUAGGAGUGCUCUGUUGUAUUGUUGAGAGUUUUUCAUUUUGAAAGUCUUUAUACCCAGAAAGGUGGCCUUAAAAUAUUUUAAAAUUAAAAAUGAAUACGUAAAUAAUACAGUCAUACCUCAGGUUACAGAUGCUUCAGGUUGCGUUUUUUCGGGUUACGGACUGCCGAAACCCAGAAGUACCAGAAUGGGUUCUUCCAGGUUUUGGCGGUCGCACAUAUGCAGAAGUGCUAAAUCGCGCUUUGCACAUGUGCAGAAGCACCGAAUCGCAGCGUGCGCAGACGCGCCACUGUGGGUUGCAGACGUCCAUCCCACACGGAUCACGUUCACAACCCGAGCGUCCACUGUAAAGUGAAGAUGCAGCACAUAGACACACUCGCAUAGGUGGCUUUUUAAAAGCAUUGGGCAACCUUCUGUGUUCUUAGCAAAGCCUUUCUGCCAGCCGUUUCGUUGCUCACGCAGUCCCCUUCUCUCCCACUCCAGGGCGAAUGUUCUCAGAUGUGCUACAAUAUUUUCGUCGUGGAAUCCGUCUGCGUGGGGUGGUUUUCCUUGGAGUUCCUCUUGAGGCUCAUCCAGGCGCCCAGCAAGUUUGUCUUCCUGAGGAACCCCUUGACCCUGAUCGAUAUCGUCGCCAUCCUCCCCUACUACAUCACCUUACUGCUGGACAGCACUUCGCUGGGCAGCAACAAGAAGCCGACCUCCGGCAACAUCUACCUGGACAAGGUGGGCCUGGUCCUCCGCAUCCUGCGUGCCUUGAGGAUUCUGUACGUCAUGCGGCUGGCCAGGCACUCGCUGGGCCUGCAGACUCUGGGGCUGACGGCCCGCAGGUGCACCCGCGAGUUCGGGCUCUUGCUGCUGUUCCUCUGCGUGGCCAUCGCGCUUUUCGCGCCCCUCUUGUACGUGAUCGAGAAUGAGAUGGCGGACUCUCAGGAGUUCACCAGCAUCCCUGCCAGCUACUGGUGGGCCGUGAUCACCAUGACGACGGUGGGAUACGGUGACAUGGUACCCAGGAGCAUCCCAGGCCAGGUGGUGGCCCUGAGCAGCAUCCUCAGCGGCAUCCUGCUCAUGGCCUUUCCCGUCACGUCCAUCUUCCACACGUUCUCGCGCUCCUACAUCGAGCUGAAGCAAGAGCAGGAGAGGAUCAUGUACAGGAGGGCGCAGUUCUUAAUGAAAACAAAGUCCCAGUUAAGCAACGCAUCACAGGGGAGCGGCAUGUUUCCGAGCCUCUCUUCAGAGACCAGGAAUGACGGCUGAAAUGGAAGUUUCCACGUCUGCCCUGUUGCCGAGCAAACAGCAAACUCUCUCUCUCUUUUUAAUCUCGGCAUUUGCUUCUGGAGGCUUUGGGGAGAGAUGGCAUUGUACAAAUAAACACGCAAAGGGCUUUUAGCCAUUAUGACCGUGGGGACUUGGUUCAUCAUUAUGUUGUAUUAGCAUUGCUAUUAGGGGGUGGGGGAUAAGAUUGUUGCUUUCCAGUAGGUUGCACAAUUUGGGAUCAUGAAAUGGAGAUUUGUUUAUUUUUUAAAGGAAGAGCAACGUGCAUCGUUAACCAAAAGGAGAACAGUGUAAAAUUACAUACUGGGCACAGCUGUUGCCAUUUGUAAUGUAAAGAGGCAGGCCAUUUUCCAAGAGAGAACUGACUGUGAAUGUCAACAUUUUGAUCUUUCGGUUAAUUGACCUUUUGUUGUUUAUUUUUACCAAACCUUGUGAACUAUAACAUCUCGCAGAUCCAGAUUUAAUCCUUGGAUGUAUAACCCCGUUGUUUGUACUGGAGUUAGGAAGUUUGUGGGUCACAUUUGAAGCAGGCUUAGGAAUGUUUUAUUUUCUUGCAACUCUCCCCCCACACACACUUGCUGACCUCCCAAGCUUCAAACACAGGACCCACCAAGCAGUUUUGGCUUAUAUUCUGAAGAUAAGCAAUAGCAGCGUUUUUCAGCUAUAAUUUAAAUUGCAGCAGCGAGCUGCUUAUUUCUAAGGCUACUUCUCAAUCAGGGCAUUUCAACCUACAAUUCUCAUUGGCCAAAGCAAGCAUGGCCAGUGGGGGUGGGAGGGAUGAUGGGAGUUGUUGUCCUACAACCUCUGGAGGACUACCAGUUCUCCAUCCUACCUUCAAUGAAGCACCCGCUUAUUGCUGAGUCAAGUAGCAUUUCCUGAUAGGCGGUCAGGCACAGCCCCAGUGUCGCUGGAUGUGAUUUCUCUUUUCUGUGAGAUGGCUCAUUAUGUAAAGUGUCUCAUACCCAGUUCCAUCGUGUAUCAGAUACCAACAGGAACUCACAGCUUGCUUUUAGCACCAUUUCCCUUCAGACUGGUUAGGUGUAGAAAGGAGACUUGGAAGGGGGGAAGUAGCUUUAUAACUCCCCUCCUGAAUUCUCGUGCGCAUCAUCCUCUGAACAUUUAUGAGAAAACAUACGGCAGUCAUCCUCUUGUCUCCAGGAUACUGAUUGUGCUAGAUUGACCUGAUACAGCUGUCCUUCUGUUCCACACCCUCUAAUGUUAGUAACACAAAGCUAGAUAACAGAAAAUCCAAACAGAAUGUGCACCCAAAUGCCACACCAGUCGUUGUCUCACGGUUGUUUUCUUUUGCGCAGGAUAGAAGGAAAUAAAACUCGCUAUGUCUUAAUCCAGCUCCGUUGCCAAAAUUACUAGUGUGAUAGCUGCAACAACUUCUGGACAUAGGGCUCCUUUCAAGGAGGAAAGGAAAAUACCGGAAGCAAUUGCUGGAAAAGUAGAAAAGAGGAUAUUAUAUGGAUGAGUCAUUGGAAACUUAGUAAGUCUCCCAUGAGUGAAACCUAAAAGGCUUAAAGCCUUUUGUUAAUUGCCUUGUCCUUCCCACACACACACACACACCAAUCGACCAAGGGUCUGAUACAAAUUGGGUUUCUUUUUCAAGAAUCUGGG